CUUCACGACUUAUCUACCACUCCAACAGAAGAUACUCUUUCUCUAUACGUUGCCUGGCAGUGCUCUCACAUCAAGCCCGAGUCCGUGUCCACCUAUUUGUCCGGCAUUUGCACCACUCUCGAACCACUCUUCCCAAACAUUCGCCAAAUCCGCAACAGUUACCUCGUCACCAAGACACUCGCAGGUUGUCGCAAACGAUUUUCGACCCCUAUCAGGCGCAAAGAGCCCUUAACGAUCGAUGACAUCGCCCGUGUGGCGUCUUCCCUCCCCUCCCCUUCCUACGACGAUACACUUUUCCUCACCCUCCUCUCCUGCGGCUUCUUCGCCCUUCAUCGACUUGGUGAACUCGUCGACCCUGAUCAAGUCAAGAUGAGGGAGCCUCGGAAGCGCAUUCGGCGGCGAAGCGUCAAAAUCCACGGCAACGAUGCUUUUUCUUACGAUCUUCCCAUGCACAAGGCCGACCGGCUAUUCGCGGGAAGUGAAGUUUGGAUCACUACGCAGGAGGGUCCUACCAACCCGGUCGAGGUUUUCCGCCAAUACGUCCGACUCAGGGACCGCAAAUUUCCCCUUCACAGCCCACUUUUCCUCACAAGCUCCGGCACGGUCCCCAUCCGGUCAUGGUUCAUGACCCGUUUCCAUCGCUUCUUUGGCUCUUCGCAUGGUGGUCACUCGAUGCGCUCGGGCGGCGCAACAUUUUUCGCUACCAAGGGCUUCACUGGGGAGGAAAUCCAACGUCUCGGCCGUUGGACUUCAGAA